AUGUUGGAACAAUUUUUAAGGUGCGGGGUCGGGCUCAAGACUAACAGGCCAGGCCUCGCACGGAGACCCCCUCGCCUGCCCUGCCCCCUUGCCGGAUGGCGAGAGAGCGAGGCAGGCUUUGUGCCAGGCCAGACCUUGCGCAGAGAACCUCUCGUCUGCCCUGCCUCCUUGCCAGAUGGUGAGAGAGCGAAGGCAGGCUUCGUGCCAGGCCUGGCCUCACACGGAGAACCCCUCGCCUGCCCCACGCCCUCGCCGGAUGGAGAAAGAGCGAGUCAGGAUGAUGGUGGAGGCCCGUACAAAAAGCUGUUUGGUGACAAGAGCUUAAUUCUGGAUGGAGGUGAAGAGGUAGAAGAAGGUGCCAUCUAUCAUGUCACUCUCAAAAGAGUACAGAUUCAACAAGCUGCUAGUAAAGCAGCAAGAUGGCUUGGGAUUGAAUGGGACCAACUGCCCCCAGAUCAUGCUGUUAGCGUAUGUGAGACAUGUAAGAUAAGGUCAAUCAAGGCUGGCACUCUGGAGAAGCUGGUGGAGAACCUGUUGACAGCUUUUGGGGACCAUGACUUCACCUUCCUCAAUGUAUUUCUGUCAACGUAUCGAGGCUUUGCAUCCACAAAAGAAGUUCUGGAUUUGAUCCUUGACAGAUAUGGAAACCUGGAAGAAGACGGAAGCCAGAACUCUACUGAAAGCAAAACAGUCCUCAGGACAGCCAUGGCCUCCGUUUUGAGAGCGUGGCUAGACCACUGCCCUGAAGACUUCCGAGAGCCCCCCAAUUACCCUUGUUUGCAGAAACUCUUGGCUUUUCUGUCACGGGUCAUGCCAGGGUCGGGACUUGAAGGAAGGGCACAAAACCUGUUGGAGCAAUUUCAGAAGCCAGAAGUCGUGAAUGGCGGGAUCCGUGACACCCUUGCCAAUGUGGAAAAACUAGAGACUGAGAGUUCAGAAGAUUUCUCCUCUUUCGCUGAAGCCUUUGUGGCAGAACAGCUCACCUACAUGGAUGCCAAACUGUUUCAGAGGGUGGUGCCAUAUCACUGUUUGGGCAGCAUCUGGUCUCAGAGGAAUAAGAAGGAAAACCACCACGUGGCCCUCUCCAUCAGAGCCACCAUUGCACAAUUCAAUGCCGUGACCCAAUGUGUCAUCCAAACCAUCUUGAAGGACAAAGAGYUGACAACCCAGCAGCGAGCCAAGAUCAUAGAGAAAUGGAUCAGUAUUGCCCACGAAUGCAGGAUCUUGAAGAAUUUCUCCUCCUUGAGGGCCAUCGUUGCAGCACUGCAAUCCAACUCCAUCUACCGGCUAAAAAAGUGUUGGRCCAGCGUUGCCAAGGACAGCAUGUUGAUGUUUGAAGAACUGUCAGACAUUUUCUCAGACUCUGACAACUAUUUGAUAAGCCGGGAGCUGCUUAAGAGGGAAGGAACAGCAAAAUUUGCAAAUUUGGGCAGCACUGGAAAAGAAAACCAGAGAAGGGCUCAGAGGCGACUUCAGCUCCAAAAAGAUAUGGGCAUAAUGCAUGGCACGGUUCCUUACCUUGGGACCUUUUUGACUGAUCUGAUAAUGCUCGAUGCAGCCCUACAGAACUAUGUGGAAGGGGGACUCAUAAAUUUUGAGAAGAGAAGGCAGAAGUUUGAAGUAACAGCUCAGAUUAAGCUCUUGCAAUCCUCCUGCAACAACUACUGCAUGGCGGCAGACAUAAGAUUCAGCCAGUGGUUCAGGACACAGCCAUCUUUAACAGAGAAAGAGAGCGAUACCCUUCCUCGUGAGAUAGAAGCAACUACCACAUCUCUAAAACCACUGAAGAGCAGGGGGAAGAGGAUGAGCUCCUUACUCACUGCUGUAAUUUCACAUACCGUGCCCACCAAAGGACACCCAAGCGGGAGUGAAAGCCACAGAAGAUAG